AUGGAGAGAGACCGGGGUUUUAACUUCAAACUGUUGGUGCCUCGUAGGGCGAACAGCGGAGAAAUAUCAGCCGUUAGACCUCAGGGACGAGUUGAGAGCUUUGGUGAUUUCAUUAAUACAAUGGAGGAGAGUCACACUAAAUUUCAUGACAAAGAGCCAAACAUGCCUUUCCCCAAAGCAAGUGUGAUUGCACCAACUAAACCAACCAGACAAGACUUACCCAAGAUGAAAGUUGUGCCACCAAUGGAGAAAGACGAGAAUAAUUAUAAUCCCGGUCAGCUUUAUUCCAAGCUGUUUGAUGAAGUUGACAAAAUUAAGUACUGGAAGGUCAAAGUUGAUUCUGAAGCUAUACAAAAGGAAAGGAGACUCCAGGACAGCAGAAAAACAAUAGAAAAUCAGCGCAAAGCUAUUCAGGAGUUGCAGUUUGGAAAUGAAAGUCUCAGCAUAAAGCUGGAGGAACAGAUCAGUGAAAAUGAUGAUUUGAGAAACAAAAACAACACAACAAGGAACUUGUGUAAUAUACUCAAAGACACUUUUCAGUGGUCGGCUGAGAAAAUGCAUCUAUUUGAAUCUGAAAGAGAAGAAACACAUCACCUCUUCAUGGAAAAUAGUGAGAAUGUUAAGAGACUCACUGCAGCAUUUGAAAGCCUUCGUAUUCGAGUAGAAGCUGACCAACAAGAGAUGCAGAAAGUGAAAGAGGGUUUGCUGCAAUUUGAAAAUCUUAAAGAGAAAUACCAACAAGAAUAUAAGAUGAAAGAUGAAGAGGUUGUAAUGCUUAAGGCAAAACUCGAUGAAACUCAGAAGCACUGCGUACAGCUUCAGGAGGCAACAAAUCAACAGUGUGAAGUUCUUAGAAAUUCAAAAACUGAGCAGUAUUCUCUUCUUCAAAAACUGCAUGCUGCUGAGCAGGGCUGUAAAGAAACUGAGAAACGACUGGAAACUAUUGCUGAAGCCCUGGAACAAAAUAAAAAAGAGUAUGCACAGAUCAUCCAAAGCAAAGACCUCAGCUUGCAAGAGCUCAGCACAGUUAACAGUCAGCAGACAGUGAAGCUGGAGCAGGUUCAGAUGACUAUUCAGAAACUAGAGAAUUCACUGGCCCUGGAAAUACAGAGGCGCAAAGAGCUUGAGGGUGAAUUCAUGGCAAGCAACGCUGAACUUGAAAGGAAAAAUGUACUUAUAGGAGAGACAGUAGAGCAGUUGGCAAAGAAAGAUGGCCUCAUCACAAUCCUUGAAGAAGAACUGGAUAUAAAAUCAAAAUCUAUUGAGUCCAUGAAGAGUAAGAUUGAUGUCACUGAAGCCAGAGCGGAGGGGCUUGUAGCUGAGGUUUCACGGAAAACUGAAGAAAUCCAGUUGAUUAAGAAUGAAACAGAGAUGGUCCGUGGUGAAAAUACUGUUUUGAAGAAAGUUUGUGAAUCUGUGGAAAAGGAACAGCAACAUUUAAAGGAGAAGACAACACUGACAGAGAUCAAAGUGCAGGAGCUGGAGGGCCAGCUGUUUAGUGAAAUGCAGGGAAAAAAAGAAUGCACCUUUCAGAUGGAGCAACUGAGGAGAGACAUCAUGCAGCAUGAAGUAAAGUAUGAAGAGCUAUUAUCGAAUUUUAAUGAGCUGCAGUCUGAGAAGACAUCCAUUCAACAACAGUUUGAAAAUGGCUUCUCUAAUGUGAAAGUUUUGGAGGCAAACAUAAAGGUGAGUGCGGACAAGGCAAUAAAACUCACAAGAGAAAUCCAAAGACUGGAAGAAGAAAACCGGUGUUUACGAGAGGAAGUAAACUCUAUUAACAACACAAUCCAAGGGACUCUGCAGAAGAAAACUGAAGAAAUUCAUGAAGAUCUGCAGAAAAAAUUUGCGGAAAAAGAAAAACGUAUCAAAAAUGUGGAAGCAAAGCUGGGCGAUGUCAGAAAACAAUUCCAAAUCAAAUUUAAAGCCCAGGCAGAAUACAAAAAUGAGGAUAAAAUGCUUACGAAACAAGAAGGUAAGGAGGUUGCGAAAUCCAGUCAAUUUAAAAUUAUGAUUAAGAGACUUCAGGAGGAAUCUCAGAACCUGAAAAGACUCAAAAAGGACGAACAUCAGAAAGUGCUUAAGGAUGUUGAGUCCAAAUCCAACUUGAUAGCAGAGCUCGAGAAUGAGAUACAAAAGCUCGGGUCAACAGCAGCAGAGGCCAUUAAGAACAAGGAAGACACAGAACUCAAGUGUCAACAGAAGAUAGCAGAUAUGGUUGCACUGAUGGAAAAACAUAAGAGCCAGUAUGACCGGAUGCUUGAUGAAAAGGAUGCAGAGCUUGAUAAGAAAAAGACGAAAGAGAUGGAGGCAGUUGCUCAAGUGAAAUCACUGGAGUUGGACCUCUCAAAGCAUAUAACAGAAAAUGAUCAGCUGAAGAAAUUGCUGAAGACCGAAACAACAGAGAAGGAAAACUUACAGAAAAAGCUAAUGGAUUUGAAGAAAGGAAAGUCUUCAGUGAAAACUAGUCAGCCCUCCCAAGCAAAGAGCAAGUCAACGGUCCCAAACUAUAAACAAGGAAGAUGUUCUGAGACUCUAGAAGAGAGCUCUUCAAAGACUUACACGUUUGAUUUCUCCAAGACCAGAAAGACUCCCUCCUCCAGGAAAGAUGACGAGAUUUUUCCAGUUUUUAAAAAAAAUCACAUUAACACUCAAGACCUGGAAACGCCAGAAAGCAUUACAAAGACAGUUGGCAGCGCAUCAAAGAUCAAAUCGUAUAGAGUCAGGACACCCCCUUCUGCUACAAAGGCAGCACAGUGGAGAAAAAGCACCUUUGAGCUUGACCUCAAGUCUGACAGCUCUGAUCAAAGUGAUAUGUUGGUGAGCAGUAAUGAUAUUGCAUGGACAAAGACAUUUGUUUGUUUUUCUCAGCUUCAGACCCCAGCCACUCAUAAAUCACCAGGAACAUCCUUAAAGCUGGCUGCAAUGAAAAGAAUGAGAGAUGCUGGUUGGAGUGCUGUGAUUGGCUGUGACAAAAAAAGGAAAAAGGCCAUUGACAAGGUCUUUGCAUAAGUGGUGCUGUUGCAGCUCAGAUAAGCAGUGAUAGUAACACUGUUAGGUGUAGGUGUCUAUAUUGUUAGGUAUCAAAUAAAUGACAAGUGUUGUUUUUUUUUUCGUAGCAUGCAUAGAAAGUGUUACUAUAGGUUAAUUAAACAGUGUCGUUAAUGGGGAUGAUUUCAGUGUUCAAGUUGGAAGUUUUUAGCAAGAAGGGUUUCAGGUGAAUAGUUACAUAUGAAGUGACUGUUGUGUCACCCAGAACAUUCUGUUUGUUGAAGUGCUCUUAUAUUAAAUAACUCAUCUUUUUUGGUGUUCACUAUAAAUCUGAUUCAUUCUGUACAAGUUUGUGUUUGUGGUGUGGGAAAAGGUGUAGUUGUUUUACAGUAUAUUAUUAUCUCAAUGUAUUUUUGUUUCUUAGUAUUAUUACAAGUAAAUGCAAUGUUUAAAUCAGCCAGUAUUGUCCUUGUUUGAAUGUGUUGCCCAUCAUCAUCAUUUUGCUUUCCUCUUCGCAUGUGAAGAAUUUCAAUUCCACAGGGGUGAAAUUACAGUCUUGAAAUUAAUAAAUUUAUUGGUGAAUGAUGAAAA